AUGUCGAGUAGGCCUCCUUCCAGGGUCGUGUUUGUGGGAAACAUUCCAUAUGGCCUCUCCGAGGAGCAGAUCACAGACAUCUUCAGUAGUGCCGGCAAGGUAGAGCGAUUCCGCCUCGUCUACGAUUCGGAAACCGGACGGCCAAAGGGAUUCGGCUUCGCAGACUAUCCCGAUACUGACUCGGCUUCCUCAGCUGUCCGCAACCUCAACGAAUAUGAAAUCAUGGGUCGGAAACUCCGAGUCGAUUUUUCCAACGAGCAGAAGAGCGGCGAUGAGGAUGGCCAAACGCCUGGACAGAACACCGGAGCCUCCAACGGAGGUGCUGCUUCAAACUACACCCAAUCAACACCACUUCCUCCACUCCCAGCCGGAAAGGAGAUUCCUCCAGGAUUGACCUGCACCGAUGCCAUUUCAAGAACUCUCAAUACCCUACCGCCGCCACAACUGUUGGACAUCUUGAGCCAGAUGAAGACGCUGGCUACAACAGAACCUCAGCGGGCAACGGAACUACUUCAACAGGCCCCUCAGCUGGCUUAUGCUGUCUUCCAAUCGCUCCUCCUGAUGGGACUCGUCUCUCCCGAAUCCAUUCAAUCCGUUGUUGACCCGAACGCGCCGCCUCCGACCCAACUCCCAACAGCCAACUACCCGUCGGCAGGAUUCCCCGGUGCUCCCGUCGCAAAUCACACGCCCCCCGUUAAUGCGAUGCCUUAUGCGCCUCCUGCGGCGAAUAACUCGGCUUAUGCUCCUCCGGCAGCGGCACCUGCAGCAGCUCCCGCGGGUAUGGCACAGGACCCUGAUGCUCUGAUGCGAGCAGUCAUGGAGCUCCCCCAGGCUCAGAUUGACAUGCUCCCAGAGGCAGAUAGGCACCAGAUUAUGGCACUUAGGGCUACGUUUGCGGGCCAACGGCGAUAA